UAAAGCUACGCCACCGUGCGGGGCGCGCGUGUACCGCGAUGACUGUGCCUGUAUAGCAUGCCUGUGUGCUUGUGCCUGUGCCUGUGACAAUGACUGUGUGUGCGUUUACUGUGCUGCUGGGGACGCUGCUACUCUCCGGUUGCACCGCUGAAUUCCAGGAGAGAGUAUGCAUCGGUACCAACGGCCGGAUGUCGGUGCCUUCGAAUCGCGAAACGCACUACCGGAAUCUUCGAGACCGCUUCACCAAUUGUACAUACGUAGACGGAAACCUCGAGUUGACAUGGCUCCAGAACGAUACGAUGGACUUGUCCUUCCUGCAGUAUAUCAGGGAGGUGACCGGCUAUGUGCUCAUUUCCCACGUGAGUGUGACGAGGAUCAUAUUGCCUCAGCUCCAAAUCAUUCGUGGGCGGACCCUGUUCAAGUUAAAUGUGAGAGACGAAGAGUUCGCGCUCAUGGUCACCAUGUCCAACGCCUUUACAUUGGAAUUGCCGGCCCUUCGUGACAUACUGCGAGGCAGCGUUGGCAUCUAUAAUAACUUCAACCUAUGUCACGUAAAAACUAUAAACUGGGAGGAGAUAAUUACAGGCCCUAACGCCACAUAUGUAUAUGCAUACGAUUUCUCUGUGCCGGAGCGAGCUUGUCCCCGUUGUGAUGAGAGUUGCGCGCAGGGCUGCUGGGGAGAAGGGCCGAAGAAUUGCCAAAAGUUUUCUAAAACUAUAUGCAGCCCUCAGUGCGCACAAGGGCGCUGCUUCGGACCGAACCCGCGGGACUGCUGCAACACCUUCUGUGCCGGCGGCUGCACCGGCCCGCUGCCCACUCAGUGCCUUGCCUGCCGCAACUUUUACAAUGAAGGCACAUGCUCGCAGGAAUGUCCGAGAAUGGAGAAAUACAACUCCACUACCUAUUCUUGGGAGCCUAACCCAAAUGGAAAAUAUGCGUAUGGAGCUACAUGUGUUCGCAGCUGCCCUGAACACCUCCUUAAAGACACGGGAGCCUGCGUAAGAAGUUGUCCACCGGACAAAACGGCGGUUAACGGGGAAUGUAUAUCCUGCAACGUGACGUGCCCUAAGACUUGCCGAGCAGAGAAGCCUAUUCAUUCGGGAAACAUCAACAGUUUCAAAGAUUGCACUAUUAUAGAUGGCUCGAUAGAGAUAUUGGAAAUGACUUUCACAGGGUUCUCGCAAGUUAAUCCAGACUACUCUUUUGGUGCACGGUACCCGAAGAUGAACCCUGACCAAUUAGAGGUAUUUAGCACAGUGCGCGAGGUGACGGGGUACCUGAACGUGCAAGCGCACCAUCCGAAUUUCACGAGUCUUUCUUACUUCCGGAAUCUGGAAGUCAUCGGAGGCCGGCAAGUGGUCGAGAAUCUUUUCGCUUCUCUGUAUAUUGUAAAGACGUCGCUGAAAUCCCUAGGCUUGAAGUCUCUGAAGAGAGUAAAUUCAGGUGCCAUAGCGAUAAUGGAAAACAAGGACCUCUGUUUUGUAGACCAUAUCGCAUGGAACAAACUAGUUAAAUCGAAGGAUCAUAAGCAAAUCAUUCAGCACAACGGAGAUUUAGCUACAUGUGAGAAAAAUCACUUGGUUUGCCAUCCGCAAUGUUCAGCCGACGGGUGCUGGGGGCCGGGCCCCGCCCAGUGCCUCUCCUGUCAGAACUACAAGUACGAAGAGACUUGCCUACAAAACUGCACUGUUCUGCCGGGGCUCUACAAGUCAGGAGAGAAAACGUGCAAGAAGUGCCACCACGAGUGCCGUGAUGGCUGCACCGGACCCACGUUGGCCGACUGCACGAGUUGCCGGCACGUGCGCGACGGGCCCUAUUGCGUCGCCAAGUGCCCUGAGUCGCGCUACGUCUCCGAUAAUGGCACAUGCCUGCCCUGCCACGCCAACUGUAUCAACGGCUGCACCGGCCCCGAGAAUACCGUUGGAGAAAACGGCUGCAACUCUUGCAAAAAGGCCAUCAUAACCGUCGAAGCCACAGUCGAGCAAUGCCUCAGAGAAUACGAACCGUGCCCCGAUGGGUACUACAACGAAUGGGUCGGGGACGUCAAACCGUUAGAAGGGAAAGUCACUAUCGUCUGUCGAAAGUGCCAUCCUCUUUGCAUCAAGUGCACCGGAUUUGGCAUACACCAGCAAGUCUGUCAAGUCUGCAACGGUUUCAAACGUGGCGAUCAGUGUGAAGACGAAUGCCCUACCGAUCAUUUUACGGACACUGACAGCAGGACAUGCACCCCAUGCCACCACGAGUGCCGUGGGUGCACCGGCCCCGAUUCCACAGACUGCAUCAAAUGCCAGUCUCUUAAGGUUUUCUUAAGCGAAUCGAAUUCAAUCGACAACAAACAAGCUUUCAAUUGCACUAGCACUUGCCCCCCGGACAUGCCCAAUAAAAUAUUAUUCGACGAGCAGCUACAGAAUACGAUUGACGAGCCAUAUUGCUCGGCGACCAGCAGCGUUAAAGCGCCAAUAACUGCAAGGACUCCAACAGUACUCAUAAUCGUCUUAAUAUUUGCGUUUGUGUUGCUGUUGAUUCUCGGCAUUAUCGGGUACACUUGCCGGCAAAAUGCAAAGGCUAAGAAAGACGCAGUCAAAAUGACAAUGGUAUUAACUGGAUGUGAUGACAACGAACCCCUACGCCCGACUGAUGUCAAACCCAAUCUUGCCAAACUUCGAAUUGUGAAAGAAGCCGAGCUACGCAGAGGAGGUAUGUUGGGAUUUGGUGCCUUUGGCAAAGUGUAUAAAGGAGUUUGGGUUCCAGAAGGAGAAAAUGUAAAAGUUCCGGUAGCUAUUAAAGUUUUGAAGGAAGGAACUGGCGCGAACACCAGUAAGGAGUUUCUAGAAGAAGCAUAUAUAAUGGCGAGUGUGGAACAUCCUAAUCUCCUGAGAUUACUUGCCGUAUGCAUGACCAGUCAGAUGAUGUUGAUCACUCAGCUGAUGCCGCUGGGCUGUCUCCUAGACUACGUUCGAACGCACAAAGAGAAGAUUGGAUCAAAAGCAUUCCUAAAUUGGUGCACCCAAAUAGCUCGAGGCAUGGCAUAUUUAGAAGAAAAGAGGCUAGUCCAUAGAGAUCUAGCCGCUCGCAAUGUCUUAGUACAAACUCCAAAUUGUGUCAAAAUUACUGAUUUCGGUUUAGCAAAACUAUUAGAUAUAAACGAAGUUGAGUACAAAGCUGCCGGCGGCAAAAUGCCAAUCAAGUGGUUGGCUUUAGAAUGUAUCCAGCAUAGAAUAUUUACGCACAAAAGUGAUGUAUGGGCAUUUGGUGUUACUAUAUGGGAAAUUUUGAGUUACGGUGCUCGUCCAUAUGAAAAUAUUUAUGCGAAAAAUGUGCCCGGUUUGAUAGAGAAUGGACUGAAACUCCCUCAACCGAGUAUUUGCACGUUGGACAUUUACUGCAUAAUGGUGUCGUGCUGGAUGCUGGACGCCGAGAGCAGACCAACGUUCAAGCAGCUUGCAGACACCUUUGCUGAGAUGGCGAGAGAUCCCGGGCGCUAUCUUGUCAUUCCUGGAGAUAAGUUUAUGCGACUUCCAUCCUAUUCUUCACAGGAUGAAAAAGAGCUAAUACGAAACCUUUCAUCAGCAAUGGAAGGUCCUGAGUCCCUCGUAGAGGCAGACGAGUACCUUCAACCAAAGUUCAAGUCAGGUGCUGGCACUGUUACUUCGAAUUCGGCUACCAGUGCUGGAGUGGAUACUCAAACUAGCUCAUUGAAGCCAUGUACAUCUUCGUCCUGGGCUCACAAUGCUGCCGGUCAAGAAAGCGCCACUCCUGAAGGUUCCAAAGCCGAAGCAUGGGAUCAUGAAAUGUUGAGAUACAACCAGUCAAAUCCAGAUGGCCCCGAGAUGAGACACUAUUACAACAAUGGAGUAUGUGCCUCCGACGGCUCGAGCUCGCGGUACCGCGACACGAAGCGGCCAGACGGAACUGACGGCGGCGACUUCGACAGUAUGUCCAAGAUAAAAGAGGCGCAAGUCGGCAACCUCAAGCUAAACUUGCCUUUAGACGAGGACGAUUAUUUAAUGCCUUCGCCGCAGCAUAACCAAAACGCCUCGACUUACAUGGAUCUAAUAGGCGAGGGUGGCGAAAGCCCGGAAAAGGACUUGCGGUAUACUGGCUUCGUAGCGCUCGGGCCCAAGCGUUGUGUGGACAAUCCCGAAUACUUAAUGAGCGACGAGAACGUGCCCACACAAACACUGGGCAUCCCCACUGAACCCGUGCCCUUGGAGUCGCUGGCGAGUGACGCUAGUGGUGCGAGUGGCGAAGUGCCUCAACCCGGUACCAGCAAGUACCUGCCCCAGCGCUCGGUGGAAGAGGAAUCUAUGUCUGACCAUGAAUACUACAACGACCUGCAAAGAGAGCUGCAGCCGCUACGCAAGAACGAAACAACAGUUUGAGUUUCGUGAUUUGUGGACUGUAGGACACCUGCGGCUAGUGGUGCGUGUUACGGACUGCGAGCUGAGUGUGCUCGGGACUGAUCUCUCGCUGGUGACUGUUUACUUAAGGCGCUCGCGCGCUCCGUGCCAUUUGAGUGAUGGCUAGUGUUAGUUUGUUGGGAACACAUCAACUUAAGAAUUUUAUUUAGUUAUUAAUGUGAAAGCAUUUUGUUAUUUUUUUUACUGCAUCUGAGUAAGCAUUUGUUAUAAAACAAAAAUUGUAAAAAAUAUUUUUAUAGGGUGCCCACGCACUGAUAUGUAUAUUUAAGUUAUUUAUUAAUUUAAUAUAAGGAAGGCUAUGUUUAUUUUCUUUGAUACGUUAACUUAGGGAGUGUUAUUUAAUUAUAAAGCUGUGAUAAUUAGAUUUAUUACAUUGAGACCAGCGAAAUGGAAUAUAAAAAGGCUGGAACACGGAACUAUGUGAAUACUAAAGCGUUAGCUGCGCCAUUAUACCUAGCCCAUGCGUCGCACUUCUUUAUUGGAAGUGGCCGAGCUUGUACACUUUCUAUUUUUUUGUAGCCAUCAUUUUUUAUAUAGGUAGAUAUUUAUACCUGUUCUUGCCUGCGGACACUAGAUGUCAAUAAUAUCUUCCUAAACUUCACGUAACCUUUAUAUAAAAUAUAUAAGGGAUCUUAAACUACGUAAACUUAAGGUCCACAACAACAAGGCCAAUCUUGCUUGCAAUUUGCCGGUUGUUCGGAGCCAUUUUUUGUUUAAGCCUGUACAUAAAUACGAUGAAAUCGAUAUAAAAUAAUUAAAAAAAAUACUAUACCUGGAAUGGACAGUACGAGUAAUAGAAACUAAAUACUUUUGAUAGUAGUGAGUACUGUAAUAGUGUACGUUGGGAUCAAGUAAAAUUAAUAGUGUUGCUUCCUUGAAAAUAUAAGACAGCUCUGCGGCUAUUUAUUAUUAGACUUAAAAUAUACAUGUAAAUAUAAAAAUAUAUAAAGCAAAGUUUAAAAGACGUUAUAAAUAAGUAUUGCGCUUGAAUUUCAAGCGUAGGCUGGAAGCACAAAUAUUCACCUUAAAUGCAAAUAUGAUAGUGUAAAGUAAAAUAUUAGUUUAAGUCUUGUUAUUUGACCAAACCCUCGUUUGCCAUUUAAUUUUGUAAAUAUAUUCGAUAUAGUAAUAGGAGAUAUAUAAUACCUAAUAAAGGUAAAGUGCGUUAGGUUUAUAAAAGUUAGCUGCAUAAAAAUAUGGGAUGUAUUUGUGAUGCUCCAUAAGAUAAGGUACCUAACAGGGUGCGGUUGGUAUUUUGUAUGUCGUGCAUCUAAAUACGUUAGCGUGGUCUUAAGUUACAGUACUUACACUUUUUGUAGAAAAUAAACUCUGCUAAAAGAUGUUUCACAUCAAUGGAUGAAAUGGAAUGUGCCCGUCCCUCUUGACAAACCUCAUAAGUAUUUUCUAUUGUACUAAGACACGAGUAGUAGUAUCGACGGACUUAUAUUAAGUACUUAGUAAGGUACCUUCUCGUAUGGACGUAAACUCCCUAUACAUUAAUUCUGAAGAACUAUAGAACAUUGUGCCAUUAAAGAUACGCUACAAACUAAUUGAAAUAGAACCCCAUUUUAGCUCAAUUACCUACAUAUUACUUGAUUAAGCGUUAGUGAUGCUUGAACGAGUCAUCUGAAAUGUAAAUACAGGGUCAUUUUUGGACCGUUAGCCAUAUUGUGCGAGGUGAUUAGGCAGGUCACACUGGACAACUUUUUCUAUGGGACCAACCCCGAAAUCCCGAAAAAUAAUUUGGCCUUCCCAUAGAAACCGUCGACAUCCACUCGACCAAAAUCUAUGAAACGGCCAAAAAAAAUUUGUGGUUUCGGAGUUGGUCCCAUAGAAAAAGUUGUUCAGUAUAGCCUCAUAAUUACUUCGCACAAUAUGGCUAACGGUCCAAAAAUGACCCUGUAUAUAUUGUUGAUUUUCUUGUCAUACUUAAACAAAAUGCAAUUAAUUUAAUUUAUUUAUUAUGUAAGUUGACAUUGUUAGUAUGGUAAUUUUAUCUUGUGAACGUUUUGGGGUCACCUGUAAGCCCGUAAGAGUUUUUCACAAAUAAAAUACAAAAUACAAACUGAAAAGAUAGUUAUCUACGCAACGAUUUAAGCAUAUUAAUCUUUACCGUUGAUGAAGAUAAAGUUAUUUUAUAGGGUGCCGUAGCCAUCUUAAAUUAUUUCAACAUUUCGGUUUUUUAGUAUUCCAUGUAGUUAUUAGACAACGAAGUGCAGAUUCAAAAGACUCGUUCAAACAAAGCUUAUAAACACAAAGUGCAAAUAGAGUCUGUCCAUGAAAAGUCUGCAGCGGAUGUGAUAGGCCACGCAGUGCACGUGUUAUUUUAAACGUCAAACUUCUAUGAAAUGAUGACGUAUAAAUGACACUUGCACUGCGUGGGCUAUCAAAUCCGCUGCAGACUUUUCUUGGUCCGACUCUAGAGCCCAAGUCAUGAUCGUUUCUAAACAGAAAGAUCGAUUCUGACAUUGGCACAUCACUAGAGUUAGACCAUGGUAAGUCUGCAACGAUUUUGAUAACACGCACUGCAAGUGUUAUCUAAAGCGUUAAAAUUCUAUGAAAUUAUGACGCAUAAAUAAUCAAACUUCCACUGGGUGUGCUAUCAAAAUUGUUACUGACUUAUCUUGGUGUAAUUCUUGGCAAAUAUGCCUAUACAUAUGUAAUUUUAUUAUAUGUAAUAAAUGCAUUUCGAUAUAUCGAACAUAGUUUAUAUGUAAAUAAAUAGUUUUGACAUGGCUAACAUUGUUUUGCGCUUUCGCGCGGAAGUAUGCGGUUUUAUGUACUUGUACCUUGAUGAAACAAAUGUAAUUAAAGAAAUUAAA